AUGCAGCAAGACCCGAAUUCCAGACCCGCCACUGGGUAUCCAUACCCGUAUCCUUACCCGAAUCCGCCGCCACAACCCGCCGCAAACGGCUACCCUCCCAACGCCGGAACCGCCUACCCUCCUUACCAAAACCACAACCCAUACUUCGCGCCGCAGCAGCCGAGCCCACGCGCCGUUCUCCUCCGCCGUCUCUUCAUCGCCUUCACGGCGUUUCUCAUCCUCUUAGGACUCAUCCUCUUCAUCUUCCUACUCGUGGCCCGUCCCCAAUCGCCCGAGGUUUACAUCAACUCUCUCUCCGUCUCCAAUUUCAACGCCUCCAACAACCAAGUCACCGGGAAAUGGGAUCUCCAGCUCCGAUUCCGAAACCCUAAUUCCAAGAUGUCGCUUUACUACGACUCUGUCUUCUGCCGUUUGUAUUACAACCGUGACUCUCUCGCCGAUACUCGCCUGCCGCCGUUCGAUCAGGAUAAGAAAGACGAGACUCCGUUCAACGCGACGCUCUCCGCCUCCGGGACUUACCUCGACGGUAAAUUGGUUGAUUCGAUUGGGAAGGAGAGAGCCGACAAGGGAAGCGUGGAGUUUGAUCUGAGGGUUGAUUCUUGGGUUAUUUUCCGGUAUGGAGCUUUUCGUCGGAGGAGGUAUGUGACGUUUUUAUGUGUCGAUGUGGCGGUUGGUGUUCCGGCGAGUAGUAGCUCAGGGAAGAUGAUUGGUUUGAGUAAGAGAUGCAGAGCUUAUUGA